AGAGAACACCUGCGAGGUAUGCAAACAGAAACAGAACCGCAGCUCUGCUCGGAACCUAUUUGUUUCGACGAUAACGCUCCGCACCAACGCUACAGAGAGCGUUCACCAGUUGAUCACAGGCUGUUGGUCGCCGACAACGUUCGAGCCGUGGAAUGUCUUUGGUAUGGGUCGUUCUGCUGGGUCUCCUGAUCUGUGAGAGGAACGCCUUUGGAGCCAUCCCCGCCAAAUCCACUGACUAUCGUCUGCGUAGCACUAACCUUCCGGGGCUUAAAACAACGGGCGUUGCGCGUCAGACAUCACGACGGAUUGUGCGUAUUACCAACUCACAUAACACUGCCUUAACGGAAAAGUAUCGGCUUGGUGCAGCAUUUAAUAACUCUAUUUCGACUUCUGAUAGGAUAGAGUACAACAUCUGGCACGCACUGAAAGCCGAUGGAAAAACCAACCUCUGCAUACUCUUUUUCACCAUAUAUAUUUGCUACCUAGUGCAUGUGCUAUUCUAAGUCGGUGCUUUGUGCAAUAAAGAUCAUCGUCAUG